CUGAGUAGAAACGGUACAAGUGCCCGCUGUAUCUUGCGCAGGCUUUCCUCUGCUUUCCAGACAUAUUAGAAAAACAGGAGAGUCAAAGUCAAUCCACUGUAUAAUUCGGGCACUAGGUAUGUCACGUUGUCCGAGUGAGCCCAUUGCCAUAGUUGGCAGCGCUUGCCGUUUUGCUGGCGGUGCCAACUCGCCAUCGACGCUAUGGGAUAUUCUGGAAGAGACCCCGGAUCUUCUCCAGAAGAUUGGAUUCAGCCGUUUCAAUUCGGACGGAUUCUACCAUCAGAACGCCGACCAUCAUGGACAUACUAACGUACGGCAUGCUUACCUCAUCAACGAAAACGUGGCCGAGUUUGAUGCCGAGUUUUUUGGCGUGAAGCCCGUCGAGGCAAAGGCAAUGGACCCACAACAACGCUUUCUACUAGAAGUGACGUAUGAAGCCAUAGAGUCAGCUGGUAUGGAAAUUUCCAACCUGCGUGGCAGCAACACAGGCGCGUAUGUCGGUGUGAUGUUCAACGACUAUGCUACAAUGCUUCUACGAGACCACCAGACCAUACCAAGGUACUUCGCUACCGGGACUGGCCAAAGCAUGCUAUCUAACCGUAUUUCAUACUUUUACGACUGGCAUGGGCCCUCCAUCACAAUUGAUACGGCCUGUAGCUCUAGUCUCGUAGCUGCACACAUGGCGGUUCAAUCGCUGCGAUCCGGCGAAUGUCGGGUAGCGUUAGCUUGUGGGUCAAAUUUGCUGAUCGGGCCUGAACCUUUCAUAAUCGAGAGUAAGCUCAACAUGCUGUCACCGGACGGCCGCAGUCGUAUGUGGGACCAAGGAGCGAAUGGGUAUGCGAGAGGAGACGGUGUUGCGGCUAUUGUUCUAAAGACCCUCAGUGCUGCGCUGGAGGAUGGCGACCACAUCGAGUCUGUUAUUCGCGAGACGGGACUCAACCAAGACGGCGCUACUGCCAGCAUCACUAUACCAAGUGCCUCAGCUCAAGUAUCUCUAAUUCGGAAUACCUACGGAAAGGCGGGGCUCGACCUUUUGAACCCAAAAGACCGGCCACAAUAUUUCGAGGCUCACGGCACCGGCACGCCUGCGGGUGACCCAAUAGAGGCAGAGGCUAUUCACACUGCAUUUUUUACGUCCAAGUCCGGAGACGUGUUCCACGAACCCACGACGCUCGGCAUGGGACAUCCACUUUACGUGGGUUCUAUCAAGACCAUUCUCGGCCACACAGAAGGCGCAGCUGGUGUCGCUGGGUUGAUCAAAGCAUCCCUCGCUCUCCAACGAGGAUGUAUACCUCCAAACUUAUUGUUCAAUGAACUCAACCCGAAUGUAGCCCCAUUCUAUAAGAAUGUUGAGAUUCUACGAACUAAGAAGCUCUGGCCUACAACUGAAAAGGGGGAAGUGAGACGGGCCAGCGUAAACAGCUUUGGUUUCGGCGGCACGAAUGCGCACGCCAUCGUUGAAAGCUAUGAGACUUCAUCAACUGGCAACUCUCUCUUAGCUGCGCCACCUCUCCCCUCUAAGUCUUUGUCAACGCCGUUAUUCACUCCGUUCGUAUUCUCCGCGUUCUCUGAGCUCUCCCUUCGCGGCAUUCUAUCAUCUUAUCUACAUUAUCUAGAAGGAAACGUGUCGGACGUUAAACCUCAAGAUCUUGCCUGGACACUGCGACAGCGCCGCUCAGAGUUCCAGUAUCGUGCUUCAUUUGCUGCAUUGUCGCUGGAAGAUCUUAGAGGUCUGAUAAAAUCCAAAUUAGAAAAGACCGAGAUCAAUAGAGACCUGGUAGUUGGCAUCAAGUCGCUGUCCUCUGGUACUCGUCAGAGCAAAAAGGUUGGAGGAAUUUUGGGAGUAUUUACUGGCCAAGGUGCACAGCAUCCACGCAUGGGUGCCUCUCUGAUAGAGGAAUCCCCAGCAGCCCGCAAAAGAAUACAAGAUUUGGAGGAUUAUCUAACGCAGAUACCUGAAGAAGAUCGGCCAAGCUGGUCUCUGGUGGAGGAGCUGCUAGCCUACAGCUCAUCAUCGCGGGUGCAAGAGGCUGAGCUCUCACAGCCACUUUGCACCGCGCUCCAGAUACUUCUGGUCGAUCUCCUGCGACUCGCGGGCGUGCAUUUCUCAGCCGUCAUAGGCCAUUCGUCAGGAGAAAUCGCGGCAGCGUAUGCCGCAGGCUACCUCUCAGCCCGCGAUGCCAUGUGGAUUGCACACUACCGUGGCAGGCUUGCCUCACUAGCGGUGAAUCGGAAUCGGCCAGACAUCAAGGGUGCCAUGUUGGCUGUGGGAAGCUCCAUGGAAGAUAUGGACAGUCUCUGUGCCGAUGAGCGGUUCGUCGGCCGUGUAGCAGUGGCAGCUAGCAAUUCUUCAUCGAGCGUAACUGUUUCUGGUGAUGCAGAUGCAAUCGCCGAACUAGAGGACGUUUUAAUCGACGAAGAUAAGUUCAACCGACGGUUGAAGGUCGAUAAAGCCUACCACUCCCAUCACAUGCUCUCCUGUUACGAGCCCUAUGUUGGCGCUCUACAAAAUUUGGACAUCAAGCCUGAGUUGCCCGCAUCCGCAGAGGCAUGUGUAUGGUUCUCCAGCGUUGACGGGGGCCAGGUGCUGGACCCGAAAGAGAGACUUCAGGGACUCGGCAGCGAGUACUGGGCCGAAAACUUUACCAGACCCGUCCUCUUCUCCCAAGCUCUUAGCACGGCUCUUAAGAAUAGCUCUUUCAGUCUGGCCUUAGAAGUAGGACCCCAUCCAGCGCUUAAAGGCCCAGCCACAGAGACAAUUCGGGAAGUUCUGGGCAAGGACAUACCAUAUCAUGGGGUUUUUUCUCGCAAGUUGAGUGCUACGCAGGCUUUCUCGGAUGCUCUUGGUUUCCUCUGGUCGCACCUGGGCAAGAACGUCAUCGACCUUGAUGGGUUUGAGCGCGCAGUGAGUAGUCAUGACGACACGGAGCACCCAUUUCGUCUAGUUAAAGGCUUGCCCACGUAUCAAUGGAACCACAAGACUAGGUACUGGCAUGAAGCACGGUGGUCGCGCAAGACACGGUUGAGAGCGUCUCCCGUUCAUGCUCUGUUAGGCGAUGAAACACCUGAUAGCGCUCCGUACCAUAUGCGAUGGCGUAACUUAUUGCGAGUGAGCGAGCUGGAAUGGCUUUCGGGUCAUGCGGUUCAGGGACAAACCGUCUUUCCUGCUGCGGGCUACUUAGCUACAGCUAUGGAUGCGGCACAAAUCAUUGCUGGCGAAAGCACCAUGCGUCUUGUAGAGAUGUCCGAUUUUUUAAUUCAUCAGGCCAUCCCUUUUGAUCAAGACGACGCGGGCAUCGAGGUGCUCAUCGAGAUGAGCGAUAUUACCAGGGACAAGCAUGAUAGCAAUCUGAUCCGGACCAAUUUCACUUAUGCGGCUGCCAUAGAUGUUGGCUCUGACAACUUGACCUUGGCAGCCAGCUCGAAGGUGGAAAUUCGCCUCGGCGAAGCAUCUGCAUCGCUACUGCCUCAGCGUGGCGCUGAACCACCGCACAUGAUCGAGGUUGAGCCGGAGCGGUUUUACAGCGCGCUGGACGAGCUCGGUUAUAACUUCACGGGCUAUUUCAAAUCCUUGACCUCGAUGAAGAGAAAACGUGGCUGGGCAACGGCGUUGGUUCAGACGCAAAUGUCAGACCCAUCGUUACUGAUCCAUCCAGCUACGCUAGAUGCUGUAUUGCAAUCCGCUUUCCUAGCCUACAGUUACCCGUACGACGAAGAACUCCGCACUCUGCAUCUCCCUACAACCAUUCGUCGUAUACGGAUCAAUCCAGCUGCUCUGCAAGACGGCUUGUCGGGGGAGGUCGGCGAAAAAUGUUUCGCGCUGGCAGAUGCGUCCAUUGACUUCGGGCGUUUGGGUCAAAAGACAGCUCGAAACAUUGUUGCUACCAUCAACUUCUACGCUGGCAGUCAGACAACGACGCCUCCGCACGCAGCCGUCCAGGUCCGAGGCGUAUCCUUCCUGCCCCUUGGGGACUCAGUGAACGGAGAAGUAAAUCGGCCCGUGUAUAGCAAAGAGUACUGGGUCCCAUGUGAACCGGACGGUGUGGCUGCAGCACGUGGCCUCUGGGAAGAUGCCGAAGUUCGGCGAAAGGCACGCUUGUUGGAACGCGUUGCUACCUUCUAUUUGCGCAGGUUCCAUCGCGAGGUGCCAGAAAACCACCCGGCACGCACCACCUUCCCUACCAACUGGUAUUUAAACCACGCCCGGCAUGUCUAUGAUUUGGUCGAAAGCAGGAAACAUGCUUGGUGGGAGGCUCAAUGGGACCAGGAUACAGUCGAGAGCAUUUCGGACGCCUGUCAACCCCAUAUGGACCUCCCUGACUUUCAGAUCAUGCACUUGGUGGGCACGCAAAUGCCCAAUGUUUUCGAGGGCAAGACCACCAUGCUCCAACAAUUUCGCCACGAUGGAAGCGAUAUCCUGGAUCGUUACUAUGCUGAAGGCACCAUUACCAAGCACCUGGCGGCCUGGGUUGCUCGUGUUGUGAAGCAAAUUGUUGACCGACAUCCGCAUUUAAGAAUAUUGGAAGUUGGUGCCGGGACAGGAGGAGCUACUAAGGCUAUCCUGGAUGAAAUCGGCGACAAGUUCUCGUCAUACACGUACACAGAUAUAUCAUCUGCAUUCUUUGAAACUGCUUCAAACUUUUUCUCUAAAUACAAGAACAAGAUGACGUUUAAAACACUCGACAUUGAGACGGAUCCUACGCUACAAGGGUUCAAGGAAGGGGCCUAUGACCUAGUCAUCGCUUUUUUCGUCAUCCAUGCCACCGGCGAUCUUGAUCGCAGUCUACAUAACCUGAGGAAACUCAUAAGACCUGGAGGCUUCCUUGCCAUGGGUGAGGGAGCGGACAACGGCGCCGGCACUGCUACCAGCGGCUUCAUAUUUGGUACUCUGCCCGGUUGGUGGGUCGGCACUUCCAAAGGCCGCGUACUCAGUCCGCUCAUAUCUGUCAACGAAUGGGACGGUCUACUCCGGUCCUCGGGAUUCUCAGGCAUUGAAAGCUCUACCUCUAAUUUUGCCGAGGAUAUAUUCAAUGUUUUCCCCGUUGUCUCGCAAGCAAUCGACCCUCGUGUCAACUUCUUGCGAGAUCCUCUGUCGUCUAUAACAUCCCUAGUACAUGCCGGGGUGUCUCCGAUAAAGAGGCUGAUCCUGGUUGGUGGGCAAAGUGCACGUAGCUUACACCUGAUUGACGGACUGGAAGCUCUUAUGAUGCAGGGAUACGCUAUAAAGACGUAUCGCUUCCGCAACGUCGAGGAAGUCGACUACAGCCUUGCAAAUGACGAGUCGACUGUCGUAAGCUUGACUGACCUAGAUUCCCCAAUUUUCAAAGACAUCACACCCCAAAGAUUCCAUGCACUUCAAAAGAUGUUUGAGGUUGGAAAGACAGCUCUGUGGGUAACCAGUGGUCGGCAAAGUUCUGAGCCGUUUGCCAACAUGAUGGUCGCCUUUGCGCGAUGCGCAGGUCACGAGAUAUCUGGCCUUGACGUGCAGAAGUUGGAUGUUUCGAAACCAGAAGAGAUGAACCCUAAAGCUCUGGCAGAAGUUCUUCUCCGCCUCCAUGGCUCACUUGCCCUGAAAAAGGAGAAUCGUACCGGGGGCGACCUUUUCUGGACCGUUGAGCCUGAGUUGGUCAUUGAUGAUCAAAAUCGUCUUCUCGUACCGAGGCUCAACUUCAUUGCGGAGCUAAACGACCGAUACAACGCUGGACGUCGGCCAACUAAGAUCCAACCAAGCUCUGCAGAAGUAGCCCCUGUAUUCAGCCUACAAUACGAAACCAGUCUGGGAAGCAGCAGCAACUACGUGCUACGAGAAUUGACUCGAUACGAAUUGGAGUUGUUAGAUGCUUAUAAGCCUUCCAACGGCUGGCUUGAAAUUCGCACCCUAUAUUCGACAAUAUCGGCCAUCAAGACAUCAUUUGGGCGAAGAUAUAUUGUCGCCGGCGUGGAGGUAGACACUGAGCACUCGUACAUAGCACUGGCAUCGUCACGUUCCUCAAUUAUCAGAAUUCCCCAUGGACAGGUAAUCCGUAGCAACAUAGAGGGUCUCUCCCUGAAGGAGACUCUGUCCGUCGUGACCGCCCAUAUAAUUGCGUUGACAGCAUUCCAUAGCCUCUCUAGUGGUCACACACUGUUAGCACAUAACGUUCCGCUCCCUGUCGCCGAUGCUUUGGCAGCACAGUCCGACGAAAAGAAGAUUGAUGUGGUAUAUGUUACAGAUCGCGCUGAUAUAUCGCCGCCUACCUCAUGGAUUACUCUUCCAAAAUAUCUUGGUUCGUCUGAAAUUAAAGACAUUUUGGCUUUGGACGAGCCUCCGGCUGCUUUUCUUGGGUUAACCAACCAUGAAACCACUAGCUACGACAGCGAGGUGGCAACUAUCUCGAGCUUUGAGGCUCCUGGCGCAAUUAUACUCACGGCCAAGUCUCUUUUUUCGUCGACUGCUGAUAUUACAAGCAAUACCUCUGAGUGUAUUAGAAUGACGGAGACCAUACGUAACGCCUUUGCACACGCCAAGAAACAAUGGUCUGCGGAAUCUCAAACGGCGAACCACUCUGCCUCAUCUCUUCUGCCGGUUGUUGCGCUUGAACAUCUUGUGCAAACGCCAACAGAUCCUCUUGAUCCCUUAUCCAUUGUUGACUGGACAGGAAAGGUGUCUACGUUGCCAAUUCUGGCAACUAGGCUAGAUGCAAGUCUCAUGUUCAAGGGUGAUAGCACAUACUGGAUCGUUGGUAUGUCCGGUGCCCUGGGCAUCUCUCUAGCCGAUUGGAUGAUUAGCAGGGGAGUCAGAAACUUGGUCAUGACGAGCAGAAACCCGGAUAUUGAUCCCGAGUGGAUCGCAGCGCACAAGCGUCGUAAAGCCAUCGUUACCAUCAUGAGAUGCGACGUGACUGACGAAGCGGCCUUAAAGGCAGCCCAUCGCAAAAUAUGUGAGACUCUUCCAACAAUCAAAGGAGUGAUACACGGUGCCAUGGUGCUGCGUGACGUGGCAAUCAGCAACAUGUCCUAUGAACAGCUCAUGGAUGUAAUUCGUCCUAAAGUCAAUGGCAGCAUCUACCUGGACAGGAUUUUCGCUGAAAAGGGCCUUGACUUCCUGGUCUUUACCUCAUCAAUCAAUACCAUAAUUGGUAACAAGGGUCAAGCCAACUAUGGAGCAGCCAAUUCUUUUAUGUGCAGUCUAGCAGCCCAGCGGCAGAAACGCGGCUUGCAGACCGCUGCUGUCAACGGCGGUGCAAUCAUCGGGGCGGGCUACAUGGAGCGAGAUUCCCGCCGAACGUGGGAUCGCAUCACACAGAACAACUGGAUGAUGCGAAUGUCAGAGGAUGACUUUGUUCAGUCUGUUUGCGAAGGUAUUGAAGCCAGUCGCUUGGAUUCUCACGGACCUGAAAUCACAACGGGCCUCAGUCUAGUCCCUGCCCAUGCAACCAAUGCACCUUUCUGGUUGUCUGAUCCCAAAUUUUCUUAUUUCAUUACAGACGAACAGGAAUCGUCUGAAUAUCACAACCGGAAUGGGACGGAAGCUACCUCAAAUGCAACGUCUGUUCAGGACCUUCUUCUUCUCUGCAAGACGGAGCAAGAAUGCUUCGAGACUGUCCAACAUGCCUUUACGAACAUGUUACGCAAUGUUCUACAAGUAACCAUCUCUGAUGACGACUUAAUGGCGUCUCACAGUAGCGAUAUUGGUCUCGAUUCACUGGUUUCGGUGAAUAUUCGGUCAUGGUUCCUGAAGCAAAUGCAAGUUGGUGUGCCUGUGCUGAAGAUCAUGAGCAACGAGACCAUGGCAGAUCUCCUCCAAUUCGCCAUAUCGGCUGUGCCGCGAGAACUGGUGCCACAGCUCAAUGACCAACCUGAACCAGCCGAGACAACGGUGGUGGUUUCUCAGCAGCAAUUCAUCUCGAACGGCAGCGCAGAUCCAAUUUCUCUUACGAAUGUCCAGGACAAGGGUAACCUUAACGGCUAUACUAAAGGUUACGCUAAUGGCGACGACUCUGUUGUGGCACCCUCGACCAACGGCCAACCAAGUUGGAAGACUCAUCAGGGAAUGAACGAAGUGACGGCGACAAACAAAGACAACGCAAUAAAUUGGGAAGUCGAGUCCAGGCCACCCACGAGCAUAAUGAAUGUUCCAUCAGAUUUUGAGUCUCCAACGUCUGUUGUGCCGCCCCGCAUUGUUGUCCUCACGGGCGCUGGUGGCCUGUUCGGUCGUCACCUAGUAAAGUACUUAUCCAUGCAACCCUCAGUCCAGAAGAUCAUAUGCAUCGCUCUCCGCAAUCUCGCCCAGCAUCUGGAGAAGGACGAGCUUCCCCCUCCAUCCGAGGUCAUUGAGUACUACGAGGGCGACCUCAGGUCCCCUUUACUAGGCCUUACCCCUGCUCAAGCGGCCGCUGUAUUCUCCGGUGCCGAUGUCGUUAUCCACAAUGGCGCCGAUACAUCUCACAUGAAGAGAUACCAAGACUUGUGGACGUCCAACGUCGGCUCUACCAUAGAAUUGGUGAAGCUUUGCCUUCCACGACGAGUGCCGUUUCACUAUGUAUCAUCAGCGGGCUUAGCAAUGCUUUACGACCAAGCAGCCUUCCCGCCCGUGUCAGUAAUGGGGUCUGGAUGCCGUCUACCCGCGACUGAUGGCUCAUUUGGCUAUGCCAGUGCGAAAUGGACGUGCGAGGCGCUCCUAGAACGCACGCACGCGCUGUAUAAAGGUAAAUGGCCCGUGUGCAUACACCGGCCGUCUACGAUUAUACGGGAAGGCAUGGAUGCCGAGGGGCUCAAGGCAGAGUUGGACUGGGUGAACGCGCUGCUAUUCUAUGCGGCAAAGACCAAGACCGUCCCGCAGAUCCAGCGGAAUCGCGGGGCUCUAGACUUGGUCAGCGUCCAGAACGCCUGUUCAGAUCUAGUGUCGCGCGUAGUACAGCCCGAUGAGCGCAUGAAGAAAGGAGAAAUCAGCUUUGUCCAUCAGGUGGGUGACAGGAUAAUCUUUUUAAACCGAUUGCAGGACAUGGGUUUGGAGGAGCCUAGCCAAAAACCAUUUCAAGUACUCCCCCUAGAUCAGUGGAUCGACAAGGCCAAGGCAGAAGGUCUCCAUCCGGCAGUGUCUGCACUGGUAGAAAUGAUGGAUGAUCCGGACUUGCCCGACUAUCCCAGACUUCUGAAACAGAUAGCUUAG